GGCGCAUGCGCAGAACGGAUCGUGCUUCCGGGACGGAUCAGGUAGGGAGAGAAGAUAACGAACUGGUUGCCAACCGCCAUAAAACCAUAAAAUAAUAAUAAUAAUAACAAUAAGAAGAAGAAGAAGAAGCAGCAGCAGCUGGUUCCUGCGGCCGCCUGAAGCAGCCAUGAUGUCCGUCAGCCUCAUCCUGCUGUGCGGGCAGCUCCUGCUGCUCCUCUCCGUCAUCUUCCUCCAGUGUCUGGAAGGGAUCCACUCCCACAACUCCAGCUCCCCCUCCGCUGCUCCUGCCUCCUCUCCUCCCGCAACGAGCGCCUCCUCUCCUCCCGCACCGGGCGCCUCCUCUCCUCCCGCUCCGGGCGCCUCCUCUCCUCCCCUCAGCCAGCAGCCAGGGCCUCAGAAGGAGGAAGCUCCGGCGGAGAACAGCAACAACAGCACCGAGAUGUUUGAGUACAAGCCUCCAUCCCCGGUGGUUCUCUGCUGCUACCUACCCGAGGAGUUCAUCUACUGCCAGGAGCCGGUGGACCACGCUGGAAACGACAGCGCCCGUCGGGAGAUGGAUUACGGCUGCGUCGGGUGGGGCGGCCAGACGAAGAAGGAGGUGAUCUUCACCAAGGUUCUCUGCACGGNAAACAUUAUACUGGAAACCGUGGAGACAUCAGGGGAAUAACUGUCACAACGAGGAAGACUCAGGNAUAGAUACACGGGCCACUACUUCAUCACCACGCUGCUGUACUCCUUCUUCCUGGGAUGCUUCGGCGUCGACCGCUUCUGCCUGGGCCACACGGGCACGGCGGUGGGCAAGCUGCUCACCCUGGGGGGCCUGGGGAUCUGGUGGUUUGUGGACCUGAUCCUGCUCAUCACCGGCGGCCUCAUGCCCAGCGACUACAGCAACUGGUGCACCUACUACUGAGGGGGCGGAGCUUCUGCAGCUGCUGCUGCUGCACCGGCAGACACGGCGUGGGCCCGCCGGCUGAUGGUGCUGUGGGCCGUUCUGGAGAGGAACUCUGCGGGCGAACAGGAUCCAGACAUUUAAUAGAGACGUUGUUUGAAAUGUUUGCCUGCAGACGAGCAGAGCUGGUUUCUACGUUCAGGAACUCUGGAAGAAACAGAAACGCUUUGGAUCAUUUUCUCUCAUUUUCUCUGAUUCCAAUAAAACAAAGAUAAACAGACAUGAAUGACGCUUUAAAGCCUGGAAACUGAACUAGUUUAGAAGAAUAUCUGCUGACUCACGCUGACUGAUGCGUCUGAUGGCGGCUCCGUCGCUUUUCCUUCAGUUUUCUGUCUCAGACGCGCAGCGUUUCCUCUGGAGGAGAAUGAAGGAGAUUGUUUUGGGAGAAAAUGUUGGACUAAUGAGAAUCAGCAGCUGAAAUGACUGAAAAACGCAGAAAAUGUUCAAACCUGAAUAUAUUUACACAGAAAUCUCAAAUGUUUAAUGUGAUUGAAACUUUUAUUCUUCCAAACAGAGAAGCAACAGUUAUCCUGAAAUAAAACUCAACUGAUUCCUGCUUUUUAUACAUUUUAACAUUUAAUGUUUCAUUUUUAAAUGUUUUUAGCUUUCUGCUGUUUUUCUCCUCUGAGCUUCAAAUAUUACCAAGAAAAGUCAGAUUUGCUUUUUAUUUCAAGUCUAGAAUAUUUCUGGGAGGAAUUUAAUAUUUAUCCAUCAGGAUGUUAUUAAUGAUCAUCUUUAUGGGAUUUAUGGAGGCGGACUUCUUUGUUCUACGGCAGCCCAGAGGAGACAAACUAGUGACUGUAGAGAUCAGCAUUAGAAUGUGACUGCAGCACGUUACGCCUCUAGAAAAUC